UCUUAGCCGCGCCGCGCGGUCGCCGCGUUCUUUCCGCCGCAGUCGGAGCAGAAAGUGUGGAGCACAAGUGAUGGAUAAAUCAGAAGCAGAUUCUCUUGACUCUCUCACAUCUGAAAGAGCUGUGGAUAUUGAAAACCAAAGUGAUGACUCUUCAUCUGGUAGCAGCUUAUUUAAAACACAAUAUGCUCCUUCACCUAAACAAAGGCAAAGAAACCCCAUAGCAAAGUUUGCUCACUCACCUGCAAAUGUUAAAACCGAUUCAUCAAGUGACUCAUCACUAGAACCCAGACCUUUGACUUUAAAGGCUAUUUUUGAGAGAUUUAAGAAGAAGAAAAAAAAGACCAAAAAGAGGAAAUAUAAGCCAAAAUUAAGACCAAGGGGAAGACCAGAAGGAAGUAGAAACACAAGAAAAUCACAAAUAAAUAGGAAACAAAUUAAAGACAAAGAACUUAUGUUUCCAUUUUUACAACCUGAAAGUGAGAAAAAGCCAUUACCCUGGAGGAAAAUUUUGACCUAUGAGCAAGCUGUUGCAAGAGGAUUCUUUAACCACAUUGAAAAACUGAAAUAUGAACACCACCUUAAGGAAUCCUUGAAACAAAUGGAUGUUGGUGAUGAUUUAGAAAAAGAAGAUCUUGAUAGUCGUAGAUACAAGUAUCUGGAUGACGAUGGUUCUAUAUCUCCUAUUGAAGAAUUAGCUGAAGAUGAGGCAGUUCACCUUGAGCCUGAUGAUUGUGAUAUCAAAUUGGUGGAUGACAGUUGUUUCAUAAUAAGUUCCGAAUUCCCAAAGAAGAUGAAAGGAUGUUUAGAAAACAGGAAUAAAAGGUUGCAGUGUCUAAAAACUACUAAAGCUAAAUCUACUGGGCAGAGGACAAAGACCUGAAGAAAAGUCUCCAGUGAAUGUUUUUUAUCUUGAACAUGAGGCCUGCAGAUACAGAUAUCUUAAGCCGUGAAUGGAAAGUUUUAGUGUUGACAUAUCCUAAAGAAUUGUAGUUUUCCUGGAUGAUAGCUUAGGAAUGAGUGGACCUGAACAUGUUUAUGUUAAGAAGUGUAGCUUUCUAGGGUGCCAGCAGUUAAGAAGCAGACAGAUCAGCUGUCCUACAUUGGACCUAAAGUAAAUUGCUUCUAGGAAUUCAGUAUUCGAGGUCUCAGAAACUUUGUCAUUCAACCAGAGAGACUCAGGAAAUAAUG